AUGCCAAUAUUUACGACCUUCCCGAAGGCCUUGAAUGUCUCAGCAGAUCAGGACAGGCGCCCCAUUCAAAAGACCCAAGGGCUGCCGCCUCCGCGACAAGAUCAAGGACUGCACGACUGGAUUAGUCGCAUUCCCACGAUAGACCAAGGAGACGGCAGCCCCGAUAGCACGACACAGCUCGUCCUGGUCAACAGUGGCACUGAGAAGAUCCGCAUCUGCGCACAUCGUCCAGCUACGAACUGGGUCGUUCGAUUCAAAAAAUUCGGAUUCAGUGCCGAUGAACGGAACGAGGACGGUGGUGACAGCCCAAACAUUAGCAAGCGUUUUCAGCUACCGGGCGACUAUCAGACACGCAGUCCUCAAUUAUGGUACGACGAGGUUGCGCGGCUAGACGCUGAUUCCAACCAGACCGAAGCCGGCCACGAGUACAAAAACUGGCUUCAUGUGUGGAGCUAUCAACAGGCCGAACUCAAAGCAGGUCAUGCUUGA